AUGAGUCACGUAAGAGAUAUAAUGUUGUAAGAGGAGUUGAAAUAAAGUCUAAUAUCACAAUAAUAUUGCAGUGGAACAUUUUUUCCUUCGAAGUGUUCUAUUAUAAGUGUUAUUAACCCUACAGAUAUGAAGUAAACUUUAUAUCACAGUAUAACCACUAAGAGGUACUGUAGUAGAACGUCAUGAAAGUCUAAAUGUAAAUACAAACUUAAAAUCAAGUGUUUGAUGAAUUUGGUUAUGAAGUUUUAUGGUUAUAUUUGUUCAACAAGAUAGGAAGAUUAUAACAUUAAUACGAAAUUGAAUUAUUAUUAUUGUUAUAUUGUGAUUCAAGUGAUAAUCUAUUUAAUUUAAAAAAAUGGUUACUGGACCUGCUGAACAUGGCAUACAAGCUGAUGUUAUAUUUGUUAUUGAAGAAACAGCUGUAAAUGGUGCAUAUUUGAAUGAUCUUAAAACCAAUUAUUUAAUACCUACAUUAGAGUAUUUUAGUCAAGGUGGUAUAGAAGACAGAGAAUAUGUUGCAGAGAAUAGCACUACACUGUAUGGGAUAGUAUUAUAUCAUGCUGCUGAUUGUUUGCCAGCAUCUUGCACGGAAACUCUUGGCCCUUAUGUAAAUCCUCAUAAAUUACUACUUAUCUUAGAUAAACUUGAAAUGGUUGGUGGAAAAGGAGAAUCACAUGCAAAUAUUGGGGAAGGUCUUGCUACUGCAUUGCAAUGCUUUGAAGAUUUAUUGCUAAGACGAGAACCAAGUAGUGCAACACAGAAACACUGUAUUUUGAUCUGUAAUUCACCACCGUAUCAAACAGUUAUUCAAGAAUCUUAUAAAUUUGCCGGUCACACUGUAGAACAAGUAGCUGCUCUUUUCCAAGAGAGAAAUAUCAAUCUAUCGGUAUUAUCUCCACGAAAAAUACCAGCAUUGUUCAAAUUAUUUGAAAAAGCAGGAGGUGAUCUGCAAUCGUCUCAAACAAAGAAUUAUGCUAAAGAUCCACGACAUUUAGUACUUUUACGUAAUUAUAAUUUAAAAGAAAGACCUGUCAGUCCAUCAAUUGGAGGAACAGUUCAUACAGCAGUACCGAAUACAGCACAGAUACCUCUUAGCCCAUUACAAAGCAACGAUAGUCCAAAUCCAAAUCAAGUCCAGCAAAGUAUUGCUCCAACACCACAAUCACAGACUCCUACAUUCAGAAAUCAAACACCUCAAAAUAUUGCUUCGGUUCAUCCAUCAGUAGCACAAAAUAUGGCUGCACCUAUAAGUGCACGAUCACCCUAUAAUCCUCAAAUAUCUGCUCCACCAAAUUACCAUCCAGGGGCUGUCGGUGCAAGAGCUACACAUUCUAGAUGGAUGAGACCAUUUAUAGCACCAAGUGCUAAUACUCCCACUAAUGCACAGAGUAGUGCCUUAAUUGCUCAAUUAACACAACCACCUUCAUCGUUAGGACUUAACGUAUCUCCAUAUGGUCAAAGAAUGGAUGGUAUGGUUAACAGUAAUAUCAUGGCAGCGAAUGCUCAACAACAACAGCAACAGAUAAAUCAGCAACAGCAGCAUCAAUUACGAUUGAAUAUACUACAACAACAGCAGCAACAACAAGCAUCCUUGUCUAUUUCAAAUCAGCCAGCACACAGUCAAGCAACGUCACAACUCACAGCAUCGUGUGUAAGUCCAUCUGUGCCUACUCAAGUUCCACCAACUGUAACUGCAUCUCAAGCUCCAGUUCCAGUAUGUUCUGUAACUCCACUAGCUACUCAUCCUCAAGCACCACAGAUUAAUGGAGGGAGUGGAAAUGUUUCAAAUCAACAGAUUACAACUGCAAGAGAACGACAUACUAUUUGGCAAGGUGUUGUAGAAUGGAUUGAAAAGACUAAAAAUCCUGCCGAUGCACAGAAGCAAACAAGACAUGUUCCUUGUCAAGUUUCUGCCAAUUCAAAAGAUGGAGAUCCAGAAUUAAAAGCAGAUACAUGGCCACAAAAGUUAAUAAUGCAAUUGAUGCCAAAGCAAUUAAUAGGAAAUAUUGGUGGAUCUUAUUUAAAAAAUUCCAAAUCUGUUCUUUUUCAUCCAACACCAUGCGAAGCUUUAGAAUCUUUAACAAAUAUGAUGACUUCUGGAUUUGCAGGCUGUGUACAUUUUACAUCUGUACCACCUAGUUCAGCAUGUGAAAUAAAAGUGCUUAUACUUCUUUAUACAGCAGAAAAACGAACAUAUUUGGGCUUUAUUCCUAAUGAUCAAACAGCUUUUGUGGAUCGUCUUCGUAAAGUGAUUCAACAACAAAAAACUUCGCAAGGUCCAAUGAGACAAGGUCAAGCUGGUACAGCCCCUGGAAAUGCCUUGCCUGGUACUAUACCUAACACAGGAAUAUCGCAAGGUGGGAUUUUAUUGUCUCAAACGAAUACUCUGACAAUGGGUGGAGGACAGAUUACACAAAAUGUUGUUUCUGCGAAUACGCCUCAGCAGACUUUGCAAACCCCUUCAGCUCAACAAAAUCAAUUAACUUUACAGAGUGGAGGAAUUACUGCAUCACAAGUCAGUGGUAAUACAGGAGGUAUUAUUGGUCAACAAAGACCACCAUAUGACGAUCUUGAAAUAGCCAGGCAUCAGAAUUUAUUAAAGAUCCAACAAUUACGUCAAACGCUAGAGGCUGCACAGCAACAGGAGGCACAAUAUAAAUCACAACUGGAAGUUAAUAUACAGCAAAAUUUAGAAGUAGCACAACAACAAGAAAUGCAAUAUAAACAGCAGCUUGAGGCCCAACAAGCACAACGUGGUAUUGCUCCUUCUGCUAUGACAAAUCAAACAUCUAAUGCUCAAAGAAUGAUGCGCCCUGUGUCAUCUAACAGUCUUGGUUUACGGCAUUUAUUACAACAACAACAACAACCUCAGUACAGACAACAAAUUCUUGGAAUACAACAACAAAUGGUUAGUCCGAGAGGACAAAUGACAACACGUCCUAUGGCACCUAAUAGUACACAAAAUCAACAAUUCGAUGAUAAUUAUGAUUUUCUUAAUUAAAUAAUAGUAUAGAUAAAAAAUGGCGUCGGUAUUCGUGGCUAAACCAAACCCUGUUAUUUUUUGGUAAAACGGGCGGACUCUCCUGAGGCCCUCGCGGCGAAGGGCAUCAAUCAACGUGAUUUUUAGCUUUAGUUACAGCAAUCUAAAAUUAAAAAAGAGGGUCGGAGCGUGUUCAUAAAACAUGUAUCUUCUAGUUGUACUAAAUAAAAACUAAAAAGUCAGAAAAUCGUAAAUUGGCACGACUCAGACAAAAAGUCUGAUUUUUGAUCCUUUUUUUUAACGGUUUUUGGGUAAAAAAUGGCAAUUUUUGAAAAUUUUUGUGGCAUUCUUAAAAUUCAACUAGAAGCUAAUACUAUAAAGAAAAUGUGUGCUA